GCGAGCCGUACCUCGAGGGAGAAGCGAGGCCUGGCUCUGGGCGGAAUUUGCUUCCAGCUCCGUGGCGCGCUCGGCCCGAUCCCUGGGAAUGCAGCUGCCCCCUUGCAGUCGCGGGGCGGCUUCCUCCUCCCAAGUAAACGGGUCCAGGCUAGAAAUGGGUUGGGGGGCGUCGGGGCUGCGCUUUCCCCCGAGCGAGUCCUAUGUGGCGGUGCGUGUGCUUCUCCCUACAGAGCCAGCCUUCGGCGAGGUGAACCAGCUCGGCGGGGUUUUCGUCAACGGGCGCCCGUUGCCCAACGCUAUCCGGCUCCGCAUUGUGGAACUAGCCCAGCUGGGCAUCCGGCCGUGCGACAUCAGCCGGCAGCUGCGCGUCUCGCACGGCUGUGUCAGCAAGAUCCUGGCGCGCUACAACGAGACGGGCUCCAUCUUACCGGGGGCCAUCGGGGGCAGCAAGCCCCGGGUCACCACGCCCACGGUGGUGAAGCAUAUCCGGACCUACAAACAAAGGGACCCCGGCAUCUUCGCCUGGGAGAUCCGAGACCGGCUGCUGGCCGACGGCGUGUGCGACAAGUACAACGUGCCCUCGGUCAGCUCCAUCAGCCGCAUCCUGCGCAACAAGAUCGGCAACCUCUCGCAGCAGAGCCACUACGACUCCUACAAGCAGCACCAGGCGGCCCCGCAGCCCGCCCUACCCUACAACCACAUCUACUCGUACCCCAGCCCCAUCGCGGCGGCGGCGGGGGCCAAGGUGCCCACCCCGCCCGGGGUGCCCACCAUCCACAGCGCCGUCCAUAUGCCUCGCACGUGGCCCUCCUCCCACUCCGUCACCGACAUCUUAGGAAUCAGGUCCAUCACCGACCAAGUAAGCGACAGCUCGCCCUAUCACAGCCCCAAGGUGGAAGAAUGGAGCAGCCUGAGCAGAAGCGGCUUCGCGGCCACAGCGCAGCACGUCGCGGUGAACGGGCUGGACAAGAGCUCCAUGGAGCCCGAGGCCAAGUACAGCCAGGCACCAAGUUGUCUCCCCACUGUUGGAAGUUUUGUCUCUGCACCAACAAUGGCGCCUUAUCCCACAGCAGCGCAAGUCUCUCCGUACAUGGCGUAUAGUGCCGCUCCUUCUGGUUACGUAGGUGGCCAUGGCUGGCAGCAUGCUGGAGGCACUCCGCUAUCGCCCCACAACUGUGACAUCCCUGCGUCGCUGGCUUUCAAGGGUAUGCAGACAGCCAGAGAAGGUAGUCACUCUGUCACGGCCUCUGCACUCUGAUAUCAGAAACAUGGCAGAACAAUUUGAAGCCAGCCCAGCCCAGUCACUUUCCCUGUAAUUCCUUCUCACAGAUGGACCUUAUGGGGCUGCUGACAUUCGAAAUAUUUUUCCCCCUUCAUUAAUAAUAAUAAUAAUAAUCCUUGGGGUUCAGUAAGUGUAAAUAACCUAAGAAAGUGAUAAAUGUGUUGCUGCCCCUUGCACUGUUUUGCAUCGAGAAGACCUUACAACCCUCAGAGGGCUAUUCAUUGGUGAAACCACACAUAUUUAUUCUAAGCAACAGGAGUGUCUCAAACGUGCAAUUGUUUCAGAUUUGUGAAAACCCAGUCAAGGAAAACCAGUAGAUAAUGCCACGAUCCUAACUAAGAAAUGCGACCAAAACCAGAAGCUCUCUUCUGGAUCACUCAAUCGUUCUUUUUUUUCGCAAAAUAAAUAAAUAAAUUGUAUGGACAAGUGGAGAAGAGUUUUGGUUAACAGACAGUUGACCUCUUCUAUUAACAAACAAGAAAAGCAAAUGAAUACAUGGCUCUGUUAUUUAUCCUGUAUUUUAUUGUGAUUACAAAGGCAAUUUAACUUUUGUUUUCUAUCUGUAAAUAAGGACCUUGGUCAUAAUUUGCGUUCCCACUACUCGACUCAUUUCUGUUUUCUUUUUGUUGCCUGAAAGGCGACAUCCUAGCCAUGUGUUGUUUUCGUUUCUUUACAAUGGCCUUUACCUUAAACGAUCCAAAUUUUGACAGUUCUUUUGAGUAUAUUUUGGGCACAGGGUGGAGACACCUGCAUCUCAUGAAAAGCAUUUUUGUUUCUACAGCAGAGAACUUAACGUGACCCCCUCAAAUCCCUGUGGGUUGGUUUCAGAGUGUCCAUUCUGCACUUUCCAUUUGCAGAAGAGAUUAAGAUCCAAAAAAGAUCUGCUGUACAACGAGAGGGGAAAGUAAUAUUCUCCAAUUUCCUCUCCCCUACUGCGUCUCACACUGUUUCAGAGGGUCUCUGCAACCCUCUGUAGUGACCUUUCAAGGGCUAUGGGGGGAAUUAGCAAAAAUGCCCCCUCCCCCUCCAGCAGAAUUGUUCUGUGUUCUGCUCACACAGACUCUGGAUCCAACCAACUGAUUACAAUGGCACUUGAGUGUGACUUAUGUUCUCUGGAUUAGGGCUGAGAAAAUUCCUCCAUAUGGUAUCCAAUCUUCUGAAAUCAUGGUAUCAUCACACUAAUAUAAAGAUUCAUGGAUGGGAAGGACCUGAACAGAAUGGGAGCUUGCAUUUAAUGUGAAAUUUUGUGCAGAUAUUUUUUAAAAAUAAGCCAAGGGCACAAUCCACCAGGAAGUUCUCCUGCCCAAGCAUGGUAGAGUACUUGUGCACCUCCCAUUCAUUUCAAUGGGUGCUUGUGCAGGAGGUGGGUGAGUUAUGCCCCAUGUUAACCACUGUGAAAGAAAACUGUACUGUAAAUUGUCGGCUUACCUGUGUUCAGUAAUUCCAGCCCAAAACUUUGUUGUCAUUUUAAAAAAGGAAAAUGAGAAAAGUUGUCUUAAAUUCAUGCUUUAUUGAAUGUAAAAAAGAGAAAGACUUUCGGUAAAGUUUACAAUGUUGUACAUAAGCAUGUUUCAUUCAUAGGCAUAUUGGUGGCGGUACUACAGAUAUUAUUUAUAAUGUUAACAAAAUUCCAUUUUUGCAUUUCUGUAUUCUUUAUCAAGCAUCAUUUCACGGCCUUUUGGAUCCCAAUUGCUCUCUUUUACUCUUUCCCCUUAACAGUAUAAUCUUUUCAAGAUGGCCUGUUUUCCUUGGACAAUAAUAAAGUUGUGAAUAUAGUUUCGGAAAGCCUCCUCGAGCUUGCAGAUGCGUGCUGAAGAUUAACCAUGAAAAGGAACGAUUUGAAAAUUGACAUGAUAUUUCCUCGCAUUAUAAAAUAUUAAUAUAUUAUGUAUUUUUUUAAGUCUAGUGCAAUAAUGUAAAGACACAUCAUUCAAUACAGAUUUUGAAAGACUUCUUUAAUAAAAUUAUCUCCGUUUCUUCCUA